UAUUCAUCAUGUUGCUUGCACUUGCACACACUAGUCAGUCUCUGAAAGAAAGAAGUGUCAGUUAUAAUAACUAAUAAGCAAAACAGAACGCGGAUUCGGACAGAUCAACCAUGAAGAACGAGGAUAACAGCAACAGGGAACAACAUCAGCACAACAAAGACACCACCAUAGGAAUCCUCGAUACCCGAUUCAACCAGACCCUCAGAAAUGUUCAAGGGUUACUCAAGGGUCGUAGCAUUCCUGGUAAAAUAUUAUUGAGCCAGAGGGUAGAACCGCCAGAUUACUCAAACUUAUCCUCACCAACUUACCAAAGGAGCUCCUCAUACAGUGAUACUGGCACAAGUGAUCACACAUCUGAGAGAGUAGAGGAGGAAGUUCACAGUACAAGCAAACCAUUCGGUAUUUCCAAUGAGAAUAAGUUAAAAAUAUCAACCUCCCUCGUAGAGAACCCGCCUGAAGAAGUCCAGAAAUCUUCCAUGGGUGCUAGAGCUACAGAUUCUGCAAGAGUUAUGAAAUACACUAAGGUGCUUUCUGGGACGAUGGUUAUAUUAGAGAAAUUACGUGAAUUAGCUUGGAGUGGUGUUCCAGAUUAUAUGCGUCCUACGGUGUGGAGACUUCUCUUGGGAUAUGCACCUCCUAAUUCAGAUAGAAGGGAGGGAGUUUUGAGAAGGAAGCGACUUGAGUAUCUUGACUGUGUUUCUCACUAUUAUGAUAUUCCUGAUACGGAACGCUCAGAUGAUGAGAUCAACAUGCUUCGCCAGAUUGCUGUUGAUUGUCCAAGAACUGUACCUGAUGUUCCAUUCUUCCAGCAACAGCAAGUUCAGAAAUCACUAGAGCGUAUUCUUUACACAUGGGCCAUUCGGCAUCCUGCAAGUGGAUAUGUCCAGGGGAUAAAUGAUCUUGUUACGCCGUUUUUAGUUGUUUUCCUAUCAGAAUACUUAGAAGGGGGCAUAGAUAAUUGGUCAAUGUCUGAUUUAUCUUCAGAUAAAAUAUCUAAUGUAGAGGCUGAUUGCUAUUGGUGCUUGUCAAAGUUGCUUGAUGGUAUGCAAGACCAUUAUACAUUUGCUCAACCAGGAAUUCAAAGGCUUGUUUUUAAGUUGAAGGAACUGGUCAGGAGGAUUGAUGAGCCUAUUUCAAGCCAUAUGGAGCAUCAGGGACUGGAAUUUCUUCAAUUUGCUUUCCGCUGGUUCAACUGUCUUCUAAUCCGCGAGAUACCCUUCCAUCUCAUCACGCGGCUUUGGGACACAUAUCUAGCUGAAGGAGAUGCCUUACCAGACUUCCUUGUGUAUAUAUUUGCCAGUUUUCUUCUAACGUGGUCAGACAAACUCCAGAAGCUUGAUUUUCAAGAGUUGGUAAUGUUCCUUCAACACCUUCCAACUGAGAACUGGACUCACCAGGAGCUCGAGAUGGUACUUUCCCGUGCAUUUAUGUGGCACAGCAUGUUCAACAACUCUCCGAGCCAUUUAGCUACCUGAGCAAGGAAUUGUGAUUUUGUGUAAUUUAGUUAUUCUGAAGUGUGUGGUGCUUUUUAUAGAUAAACUAAUUGUUUAAACCAAUUUUCACAUGUAUUUUGCUUGUAAUAUCUUGUAAAGGACAGAAAAAUAAACAGGAGAUAGAGAGGUAGAGGCUAUUUUUGUUGUAUUAAUUUUUUUAACCAAUCAUAGUUGCCUUCCAUAUCUUUAGUAGACAAUUUCUUGGUUGUAUU